AUGCACAUACUGGAAAUAGGCGCUGAACAAGAUGAGGACAAUGUCGUGCCAACGAAGGCUGUACUGGACGGCGCAGUCUUCAGGACUGUACCACGUGAUCAAACUACGUUUCUCAUAUGGAAAAUUACGGAGUCUUCCACAGAAAUGCUUCCACGGACUCAGUUCGGCACAUUCUACGACACUGAUGCUUAUUUAGUAUAUUCAGCGUCUUUGCCUGGUCAGCCUGCUGGUCCUGAUGUUAUUCGCCGUGAAAUAAAAGAAAAUGGUAGCGGUGAAUGCGCUGAGCGUCAUAUCCACGCGUGGGCCGGCGAUCGAGGUGGUCCGGGGACUCUGGCUUUACGACGCGCAACACAACUCGCUUCUCACGUUGGGGCACCUCUGGUCAUACAUAGAGAGACAGCUACUAAAGAAUCACCAAGACUAUUGUCCUACUUUCGUGAUGGGAUUAGGAUCCUUUGCAGUGGCUCAAACCUGAACGGGGGUAGUCGAUUGUACAGAGUGAGCGGGCGCAGACCUGUUCUUCUACAACUGGAACCCGUGUCAUGGUCUCACCUUGCCUCUGACGGAGUGUUUGUUCUUGACACAUCUGCUCUCGUUGUUCUGUGGUUGGGUCGAGCUGCUAAUCUUAUUGAGAAAAUUUUUGGUGCUAAGAUUGCAUAUAGAAUGGCCCGUGGCGCCGACAAAGGCAUGUUGUCCCGUCGUAUAACGAUCGCUCACGAUGGCUACGAGCAAACCCUACCAGUAGCAGACCGAAAUCUUCUAGACUCUGUCUUGGACCUUCGAGCUCGUUCUGUACGACCAAUUGCCCCAACCCUGGAUCCACCAAGACCUGCUAGAUUGUAUAAGUCCUCGAAACCAACUAGAGCGUCCCCAGUUGUAUUGACACAGAAACCAGCUGCUCGACUGGAAGAAAUCAAACGCGCUCCGCUGUAUAGAUCAGACUUAAAUGAUGAUGGCAUCUAUGUAAUAGACGCUGGUUCACGAGGAGUAUGGGCUUGGGUUGGAUCAAACGCUUCCAAACUUAACCGUGGGGCGUUAGCCGCAGCCCGAGGGUUGGCAAAAGCUCGUAGAUACAGUGGCCCGGUGUCAGUUACUGUAUCAGGCAGAGAGCCUUUGGAGUUCGCAGCCCUGUUCCAUAAGUGGAACUGGUGCGACUCGCGAAGAGAUGUGAGGUUGCGGUCGGCUCGAUCGGCUACAACUAAGUUGGAUGCGGUCAGCCUUGCGACGAAUGCUUGGUUGGCGGCUGAGACUCAGGUCCCAGAUGAUGGUUCAGGUGCUCUCCGAAUGUGGCGGGUUCGACGUGAGGAAGAAAUAGACCGAGAACGAAGCGCCUUACAAGAAUUAGAGCGGCCUCAACAAGCCGUUUUCUACGAUCGAGACUGUUACAUCGCACUAUACACCUACCACACGCCAACCGGGGAUCAGACAAUACUUUAUUAUUGGAUGGGUGGCUCUUCGCCAAAUGAUCUGAGGAAUUUGGGCGUUAAAGAAGCCAAAGACCUCUACACAAAGUUGGGGCGUCUUCCUAUUCAGGCUUGGGUAUACCAGGGCAAAGAACCGGCACAUUUCCUUCAAAUAUUUAAAGGACGAAUGGUCACAUACUGCGGUACUGCCACAAAUUACGAUCCCAGUGGGCGUCGCGUGAUGCCCCCACCGCGUGCAUUAAUUCGCGUAUCGGGUCAGUACGCACGGGAGGCUCGUGGCGUAGAAGUUUGUGCGUCGACGACCACCAGAGGCGCGUGUUACAUAGUGCGAGAAGGGGCUCGGAUUUGGGUCUGGUGCGCUGCCACUGCUACUGGUGACGAAAGAGAGGUCGCUAAGAACAUGGCGGCGGCGGAACAUGUGUUAGUCAUGCAAGGCAAAGAAAAACCAGAUUUCUGGACAGCGUUAGGAGAUCGACGCCACCUGCUCGUUCCAGCGCCUCUUGAAGAGAUGCAACGACCCCUACCGCCUCGUUUGUUCUACGUGGCUGUGGCCUCACCUGGACAUUAUACUUUUGAGGAGAUAGUAUCAUUCAGCCAAUACGAGUUGUCGCCUGAAAUGUGUUGCAUACUUGAUGUACAUUGCGCUGUGUACGUGUGGUUAGGCGCACACUGCUGUCUUCGUGCUAAGGAUGAUUCAAGGAACGUCGCGCUUUCCUAUCUCACAUUUGAUCCUGCAUCCCGCGAUCCGGAUACCCCAAUAUACGUGCUAAGUCAAGGCCGUGAGCCUCCAAACUUUACUGGAUUCUUCCCCCAUUGGAAGAGCUCCAUGUGGAAGGCCCACAAGACGUUUAGUGCAAUAGUAAGCGCAUUAGAGGGUAAAGCAAUAGUACGCGGUGGAAACAGUGCCCACCAGAAUGGCAACUCUGAGAAUCAAUUUGAUCAGCACGAGAAGUAUCCUUUGUCGGUAUUGCGCGGCCCCAAAGAACAUAUGCCUUUGGAAAUCGAUCCACUUACUAAAGAGCUUUAUUUGACACACGACGAUUUCGUGUCAACAUUCAAUAUGCCGUACUGCGAGUUCCGGACCCUGCCAAAUUGGAAACAAAAAGAGAUGAAGAAAUUUGUUGGCUUAUUUUAA